AUGGCGCGAACAGAGCAGGAGCGCUGUGGAUGCGUCACAGGUUUGUGGUCUCUCUUUCGACCGAAAAAGGCGCACAAGGGCGACAACAAGGUCCAAGCUGAGGCAGUCUCGGGAGAAGCCAUGGACGCGGCCGCCUUGAAGUUGAAGGAACUCAGGCGCGAGCUGAAGGAGGAGGAGCAAGAGAAGAGAGCUGAGCAGCUGAACGAGGAGGAGCAAGAGAAGCUGAACGCGGAGGAGAAAGAAGCCGAUCAGACGAAGGAACUCAGGCGCGAGGUGAAACAGGAGCAAGGUCAGAAGGAGCAGCCGCAGCUGGAACGAGAGGAGAAGAGUUCCAGGCCAAAGAUGGUUCGCUUCUCUUCCUCAGCGGAGGACAUUCUUCCCGACGGCACCCGACGGCGGAGUGAAACCCAUCUUAGCGAUGGCCGAGGGGGAUAUGUUGAGUUCGCAUAUCUCGAAGCUUUCCACAAGGCAAACCGGUGGCUAAACCAGAGGGGAAAAACUGAGAAGAAGAUCCGCAGCUUGGAAGAGGAAAAGUACGAGGAAACGGAAGAGGAAGACGAGGAAAAGUCUUGGAGUGUUAGCGCGCUCCGGAUUCUGAUCAGACUCACCGAGCAGCUUUACGAGGAGCUCAACGGCAAAUCCAGCGACCGAGAGAGGAUCAAGCGAGCGCGGAAGAUGAUGAGGCUUCAGAAAAUGCUGGAUAGGAUCCCGAGUGAGAGGAAACCGUGGAAGAAGCUUGAGUCCGGCGAGGUGGUCUUCGUGAAGGUGGCAAAAGAACUAUAUGAUCGUGCGGGGAGAGAUUUUGUUGCCGAAUUCAAGAGGAAACAGGAAACUCACAAAGCGAGAAGACCGGCGAGGAUGCAGCUUGCGAACUCUGAUCAAAGCGCUCUAGAAGCAGCUGAGGCUGGUGUUCACCUUGCUGCAAAGACUAUUAAGGGGGACUACACUCUACAGUGUCUGGAACAAGGAGGUUUCUCUUUUAUCAGCUUUCCAGUCGACGGAGAUGAGACAGGAGCUAAAUGUUCACAGCUUGAAGACUGCAACGAGAUGAGCUCUCUAGUUGACGGAGACUUUGAAAACGCGUCAGGGCUGUCCAGGAAUGCUCGUACAGCUGCUCGGGUGAAAGUAUCAGGAAAGAACUCUGUGUCAGAUUGCUCUGCAAGGGACUCAAGAAGGAUGCUGAUGGCAAGCACGUCGAAGAAACGAGAAAUGAAGUUACGAGCUCGAGAAGUCGGCUGUAAGGAUUGGUCAACUCGAGGCCAGUUCUCGGACUCUAGCAUCGGAGAAGCCAACUCUCGAGAGUCAAAUCCAGAAGUUGGAGCUGCGAGCCAAAUCUCCAAGCAAGUUGAGAAGCACAGGAGCAGGCCAGAGACCUCAAGAGAAGAUCAAUGGAUCAAGUUGAGCCACACUCUACAGUGUCUGGAGCAAGGAGGGAUCUAUCUUAUCGGCUUUCCAGUGGACGGAGAUGAUUCAAGAGCGCCUGCUGCGGUAAGGCUGUCCAUGAUAGUAGCGAGGAACAACAGAAACCAGUGUCAGAUGGCUGCAAGAUGGCAAGAGGACGAUAUAGCUGAAGCUGCUCGUGACCGGGAGUUCUUGAAGGAGAAGCCCCAGGGGAUAAUGGCUGACGGAGUCGAAUCCGCUGCACGAGGUGGAGCUCUCGGCGAGGAGCACGUCGAGAAGAGGAUGGCGGAGUUAGGAAGCGCAAAGGCGAGCCUGGAGAAGCAAGUAACUGGCAGCUGA